CCUGCAGCGCCCAAUGGAAACACGCUUUACAGCAGCACGCAUGACGGAAGUCGUCACGGACCGUCAAAAGCAAAUAUCAUGACGCUUGGGAAAUUUGUUAGCACUGUGUAUUAAUUGUAUGAUAUAGAUAAUCACAUAGUUGUCGUAAUAAUACGCUAGGUUAGUGUGCAAUCAUUUUGCACUGGAAGUCUGUCCAUCCGUCUGAAUAUGAGUGUGAAGGGUCGCCGGAAAUGACUUUUACUGGCUUAAAGAAAUCACAUCCGAGCUGUGCAUCAUCAUCAUGAGGAUGGAUCGGGAGUAUUAGUGAUAUAACAGCACACUUUCACCGCCGGAGACCGUCUUUAGCGGGGACUGACACUUGUUAACGGGAACGCAAUAUAGUCCCUUUAAAAGAUGUUGUCCAAUCCUCUGGCUGAGCAGAAAGGUCCAGAGCAGGUGCCUGCGUCUGCGGCUGGUCCAUGCCACCGUGCUGCUCUUUCUCCACUGUAUCAGGAACAGCUGGCCAUAGGAUGCAGAGAAACCAGCAGAGAGGAGACUGAAUCUGGUGACAAAACACGACCCUCAGACUUGAGCUUGAAGGAAGUUCAUCUGGAAAAUGAAGGAGCUCUGAAACCGAUGACGUUUGAUCCAAAAAGUAGUAACUUUGGAGUCAAUCCUAGUUCGACUUCCAUGCACAUGUGUAAUAAGCAAGAGGCCAAUUUUAGGGAUCAGCGAUGGCCCUCUGCCAGCUUCAGUUCACCUCCUCCAGCUGGACCAUCCGGAGAGCAGCUUGGAGUUCUGGAACGAUUUCUUGUGUCCCAUCAAACUGAGAUGAAGCGUCUGCUGACUGAUACCUUUGGAUCUCUGACCCAGCGUCUUGAGGCAGUGGAGAGGAGGAUGGACCAGCUGUGUUCACAAAGCAGUGCACAUACUCGCAGUUUAGCUCAGCUGCACAGUAAAGUUGGCCAGCUGGGAAGAGACUUAUCCUUUGGCUGUCCAGUUACUCCAAGUGUUUCAUCAGCUUGCGGUCGUGGAGUGGAUGCGGAAGUGGCAAAAGACUACAAAGGAAUAAUCUCAAAUAUCUCUUCUCCUGAAACUAAGAAGCACUCUGUGUGUUCUUGGGCAAUGUCUACUCCUUUCCAGCCCAGCCAAAGUCCUGAUCAUAAGUCCAAGGACCUAAGCUGUCAAGAUCUAAGUGAAAAUUAUAGCAGCUCCAGUUCAUCAUGUGGCAUUCUAAGAACAUGCCGUUCAGAACAAAAAGACAAUUGUUUGCAGGGUAACUACUCGCCUGUUUCUGAUUUUGAAGACCUGGAUAUGGAACUGGAAGCUGAGAAGGACAGAGUCGCCUUAAACGUAUUGGUGGAUUCUGUGCUUAGCAGCUCAGAUGACAAAGGCAGCCAGGGACUUCCUUGUAUUCAAGAAGUACUGUCGUCUGCUAUUGUGGAGAAUGAUAAAACUGGUCAGGAAGGAGAAGACACCUUGUAUAAUCAGUGUUUACAUGGUCCUGAAAACCCUCGGGUGCCUUCCGUUCAGUUUUUCAGAUCUUCAGCUCCUAGUGGCUUAAGAUCAAACACAAUUACAGAUCAUCAUUGUUCAUUUUCAAAAGCAGUGAACUCAAAGCCCUCUGGGAAACCAGCAGCAUUGACAGAUUCUUCUAAAGAUGAGUGUGAAACAAUCCAGCAGCAGUCCUUUAGUCAAAUUACCUUCCCUUUCUCCACUAAGCCUCUAGGAGCACAACCCAAUCCUGAUGAAUCCAAGGCUUGUUCAGUUCUCUUUCAGACUUCUAAUAAGAAAGAAGCAGCGAUCUUGGACAAGAUCGAAAUGAAUGGUCUUUUUCAUUCUACUGCUACCUCGUUGAGUAAUAUUACUUCAGUCUCGGAUCACGUCCAUACAUCAAGGGAUGUAGAUGAAUUGACAGAGACAAAUGCUGGAGAUUCUGAGGAGAACACAAAGAUAGGGAAUAAGGGACAAAGUUUUGAUGGUCAGUCCUCAAAUAUAUCACACUCAAAGGAUAGCCCUUUUCAAGGGUCAUCAGUCCUGCCAUACUGUGAACUUGCUUUGCCGAAACAAUUGGUAAAAGGUGUAGGUGACCAACAAUCACUAGGUUCGCUUUUUGCAUUUUAUCAAGCACACUCCAGUUCACAUCUCUCGGCCCCAAGAAAUGGGUGCUCCAAACCAUUUUUAGACAGCGAUACUAACAAACUGUUGAAUCGGCUCUCAGAUACCGCCUAUCGCUUGGUAUCCAGAAGCUGUUCCUCUAGCAACUCGGACAGAUGGACUGGUUGCAGCAGGACUGGAUCCAAACUCAAAGACUGUGGUGGAAAGAAACAAAACCUUCCUGGAUUUCCCGCUCUUAAAGUUGGAGAAACCCUCUCUCUGUCCUUCUUUGAGCAGGCAGGAGGGAUGUCCAAACAUUGGCAGCCGAUUCUUGAGGACUUGAUACUUCCUGUGUCUCCUCGAUUAACUGGUACACUAGCUUGUCCUUCAGAUGCUUUACCUGUCCACCUGGAUAAAGACUCUGCAGGUUGUCCUAGUUUAUCUCAGCUUUUUCGCCCCAGCAGUCCGCCUUUGUCUACUUUUAGCAAAGGAAGCUUCUCUGGGGCAGGUGUUAGUACCGUCCUGGCUUUAUCUUCUCCAGCUUCCUUCAGACUGUGGUUUCGACACCGGCGAAUCAACUUUCCUCUCAUGCAGUUGUCACGUCCUGGUAUCCAUACGGUUGUGAGUCGGAUUUUGGGGAGGAGCAAAUGUCGUCCUUUUCGACCUCUGGUUGACUUCACAGCCCCGCCAGGCAUAGACAACGAUCACCACUAUAUACGCCGAUCCAGUCAAGAAGCUUCACCCAGCAGGAAAAGAGCUUCAGCACGGAAAGCCACCUCAUCCCUAUCAUUGUGUCAUCUGUCAAAAAAUCAUCUCACACCAGAAAGGAGCCUAGAUCACCCCUCUCGGCACAGCAUCAGCCCCAAAUCGGCAAGAAUGGAUGGAUCCCCCACUGAAUCUGUGCCUAGUUAUGCUAUUGCCAGUGCAAAUGUCAAAUACCCUGGUUUGCAUAAUCGGGGCACAUCUACAGAAAUUAACCAGGUGGAACUCUACGACACUAAUAAUGAAGCUCAAGGAGGUUCCAAACGUUCUAAAAGGGUCUCUCAGAUUCGUAUUCGUAAGACUGUUCCCAAACCAGAUAACAACCUUACUCCAAUGGGACUUCCCAAACCAAAGAGGCUGAAGAAAAAGGAAUUCAGUUUGGAGGAGAUUUAUACCAACAAGAAUUACAAGUCUCCAACCCCUAACAGAAGCCUUGAGACUAUAUUUGAAGAACCGAAAGAGAAGAACGGCUCUUUGGUAUGCAUUGGUCAUCAGAAACGAAAGCGAGUUCUAGACUUCCCAGAUUUCACACUGCCUCGGAAACGCAAGGCUAAAACUAACCUGGGUCCGCUGCGUGUGAAGGGGCCUCGAGGAAGGGCUCGUAGGGGAAGACACGACGACGUUGACCUUGAUGUAUUGCUAAUCGAGAAGCUCACAGAACUGGAGGACUACUUUUCCCGCCAAGGCCUGGAGGUUUAAGCUCUGUUUUUCACAAAUCCAUUCUUAGUUCUUGUGAACAAUUGACCAGUUACCAAAAAUGUAGUUUUUCAUCUUUUUGCCUAAUCAAGGAAAGAACUUGCGCUUUACACAUGGUUGUUUACCGAACGUUUAGCAAUAGAAUGAAAAAACGUUUUCUUAUAGCAUUUACAGUUGAGGCGUAAAGCGGAAAGACAUUAGAGCUCUGUAUGUGUGUGUGUGUUUGUGUGUGUGCGUGCAAAUAAUAUAAGCACAGUAUAGUAGACCUUCACCUGAGCACUUUGAUUCCUCACAAUGUGACUGCUGCAACCUUGUUGUGUUUUUCUUGCAUUUGCAACUAACAUAUUCCUAUCUGUCAUUUUCAGAUGAAAAAAUGAGUGUGGGAAUAAUAAUUACUGAUCCAUUGAUUUAAGCCCUUCAAGGUCUCUGAAACAAUGAGUAGCUCGUCCUUGACUACUAAUGACCUAUGAAAUUGGCAGCUUUGAUUUUAUCAUUACAGUUCCAUUUUUUUUCCCAUCAGGACUAGAAUAUGUAUUUACAGCUUUAUAAAUAAAAAUACUAAGGGAUUUUCGGCCAAAAACAAGACUACGGAAAACUAUUUAAAGUUUUUAUUUUCUUUUAAAUAAAUCGUUUAAGGUACAGUGCAGUGUUUGAGCAUUAUAUUCUUACGAUGUGAUAUGUUUAUUCACUUUUCAUGUCAUUCCAAACCCGUAUUACUUUCUACUUCAGAAUGCAAAAGGAUAAAAAAUGGCCAUACAAUGACAAUAAACGGAACCCAGCAUCGUUCUGAACCGUUAUUUGGACAAAAACAGUUGGAACAUACUUCAGAAUAUCUUCUCGUUCCACAAAAGAAAAGAAGUCAUGCAGGUUAGUAAUGAAAUGAGAGUGGGUAAAGAAUGCCACAAACUCAUUUUUAUAAAUUUUUAUAAAAUAGUCCUAAGUUAUUUCAUUUUUAUACCCAAGACUACAUUCAUAGACCUCGAACAUGGGAUAGACGAACCACUGGGUUGUGUUUGAGAAAAAUGGGAGAAAACCACUUUCUUUUGUAAGAUGUGAAAUUGCUUUUAUUCAUAGAAUAUAUUUACUCACGCGAAACGGAGCUGUGGUGUGUAAUACAGGUUUGCCGUGCAUCCAUGCUUCUUUUUUGCUGGUUGAGAAAAGUGAAGCGUUUGGUGAGAUCCACUUUCUGCUUUUCUGAUCUGACAUUUAUUGGGUGUUCUAUGCAGCUAAUAAAACGAUAUGUUGGCCAGAUUAGACUUCUAUUAGUUUUAGGUUUAUCAUCCCAUUGUGCAAUAUAUUUCCACAACUUUAUUCUCAUUUUUUGAGGAUUACAUUUUUUGUUUUGAUGUGAUUAUGUUGUCAUUUGCAUUGUUUUGUUUAAUGGGAAACUUUUACAAUCAAUUAUAAUGUAGCCUUUGACUUAUUACCUAAGGCUUUGAAAAGUCAGUUAUCUGCACUUGAACCCAAAAGAAUCUACACCUUUCCCCCGAUGAGCAUCUCUGUUAUGUCUGUGGUAUAGAAAUGUGUUUUUAACUCAACCUACAGACAUGUAUUGUCUCUUUGAAUCACUUUGAAGUGUUAGAAUUGUACUCACAAGAGCAAAUGUAAAAAAGGCAAUCGUGUGUCUACUGAGUUCUGCAGUGAAAUCAGCUCUUUGGUCUUUUUUCAGAUGGAAAUAUUUCCAUUUGUAUUGAUCUUUUAUUUCCGCAUCACUCGUGCAGUGUUACAGAUACUGCUGCUGUUGUGCUUCUCUUUAAGCUCGCCAACAGACAGACACUAAGUUUUGCUUGAUUGCUGUCAAUGUGAUUUGAUAUAUAUUUUAUGAAUAAAAUAGUGUUAACUAAA